UAUAUUUUUUUUUUUUAAAUUUUUUAAAGUGUUUGCAAAUUAUUUAUUAACUUUAAGUGAACAGUUUAGCAGCCUAGCAGUGUGGUACUGGGAGCGGCAAUGCUCGAGUAGACUUUGAAACGCCGCCGCCGCCCCAAGCACUUGACCAAAAUGCUGCCCGUUGUCAAGGAGGAUGACGUCAAUCAGAUACGCACAGCGACGCUGGAGAUGACCACAGUGGUGAACAGCAGCGGAGCUGGAGCUGCUGCUCAGCGCGCUGUGCUGCGUCAUCCGCAGCAGCAGCAGCAGCGACAUCAGCACUCGGGCACAAUACCCAAGCAGCUGCGUCAUCAAAGCAGGCAAAGGCAAAUGGCCAUGGCCAUGGCGGCCGCUGGUGGCGCAUCGACGUCUGCUGAGGCUGCAGCGGCUGCGGCUGCAGCUGAUCCGAAUCGAAGUCGCAAAGCAAUUUUAACAACCAGGCCCAUGGCAAUGACUGGAGUUGUUUACAGGCAUCCGCAUCCGCAGCGUGCGGUGCUCACAUAUCCCAAGCCAAGCAAACGCACUACAGUGAAUGCAACGACAACAGCAACAGGCACAGCAGGUGGCAAGACAACAACAACAACAACAACGACAACGACAACAGCAGCAGCAACAGCAGCUGGCAAAACUGGCAAAAAAGCAGCGCAUAAAAAACGAACGGCCAAGACGGCAGGAGCGGCAGCUGGGAAGGGCGUGGUGGUCAAUAGCGUUGAUGACUAUUUGGCCACUGGCAUGGGCUGGCGCAAAAAGUGUCUCUAUUCAAUUGUUGUGCUCUUAGCGCUGCUCGUGGCCACAAAUCUGGUGCUUACGCUUUGGAUACUCAAAGUGAUGAAUUUCACAAUUCAUGGCAUGGGUCUGCUCAAGAUUGUGCCUGGUGGGAUACAGCUAAAUGGCCAAGCCGUGUUCAUGGACAUGCUGCGCGCCUCCACAAUACGCUCGCGUCCAGGACAUCCCUUAAAAAUAGAGUCCGCACGUAACUUCACCAUCAAUACACGCGACGAUGAUGGCAAACUUACAAAUCGAAUAUUCUUGGGUCACGAUAGAUUCGAAUGUUUGGCCAAGCAAUUUCGCAUCAAUGACACAAACGGUCGCACUCUAUUCGCCGUGAAUCGCAGUCGCGUCACUGUCGGCGCCCACUCGUUGCGCAUUGAAGGUGAAGGCGGCGCCAGUUUUCGUGGAUCCGUUCAGACGCGUCACGUGCGCGCCGAAGCCGCUCACGCGCUCAUACUCGACUCGCCGACACGUGAGAUGAGCAUAACGGCGGCUAAGGAUAUUACGGUAAUGGCUCGCGGUGGCGGAAUGGAAAUGUGGUCACUGCGGGAUCUGACAAUGAAGGCGCACGAUGGCAGCUUGCGCUUCGAGACCUCGAAGAUUUUCAUGCCCAACUUACGCACCGCCCAGCCGAGCAUAUUGGGUCCAUCGCAGCCACGCGAUCAUAACCAUCGAGUCUUCCAGCUGUGCGCCUGCGGCAAUGGCAAAUUGUUUCUGGCCGCACCGCACUCCAUUUGUGCCGGCGAUGACUUAUCAGUUUGCAGAUGAUGAGACGCGGCAUUUAACUAAAAAAAAAAACGCGUCAAGGCAAUUGAAAUGCAACUACCCCACACAUAUAUCAAUAUAACGAAUUGCACCACAAAAUUGUUCUACACAUGAUUAGCAAGUGUACAACACACACACACACGCACACAAUAAAUACAGGGUGUGGCCUUAGCUUUAGCCCAAAAGUUAGCUAAAGUCAAAAGUCUUAGGCCAAAGUUCAGAAAUCUGUAGAAAUUUUAAUGUCAGUUCACUUUUCUCAAACUGUAAACAUAGCUGCAUAUAUUAUUGUGCUGACUAGGA